AUGCCCACCAUGGAGGGCUGGAAUAUCAACGCUCUUGGCAUGUCUUAUGCUCUAACGACAAUAUCUUUCGUGGUUAUCAUUUCGAGAAUCGUCUUUCGACGUCUGAAUCAUCAGAAGUACCUGUUCGACGAUUACAUUGUACUACAUUCAAUGCUCCUGUAUACAGUUAUCACAGCUGUCAACUCGGUAGUGUAUUAUCACGGGACAAAUUUUAGUGUUAAUGAUCCGGAACAUCCCAAGAACGUCGCACUAGACAAUCUUCAGCACGCUGUCACUGGCUCCAGAGUCGUCCUCGUUGAUAUGCGUUGUGGGUUACUCUAUCACCCAGGUCCCAAAGCCCCUGCCUUAGGUCUAACCGCUAUCCAGCUGUUUUAUUUCCCUCGUGUCCUGCCAGUCGAGCGCGUGGAUAUUGGAGUGGCGGGCGCCCUGCUAGGAAUUACUUGGGUGAUAGGCAUGCUGGCCAUAUUUAUGGGAUGCAUGCCGCUGAGGCAGUACUGGCAGGUGCUACCAAAUACUCCGGAAUGUGCUCGAGCAAUCGUCAGUACCAUUAUAUCAGGAGCAGUAGGGACAUUCUAUGAUAUUCCUGGCAAGUUUGCAUCUGAUGGGGUUCUAGAUGAACGUACUCACAAAUAUGCUCCUAUUGACAAUACCUCUACCGGCAAUUGUCCGAGACUAGCGAUUAAACUGUCAGUUGCCUUGCUUGCCAUAUUUUCGGUACCAACUCUUAUUGCUAUUGCAUAUAGGAUGUUCACUGUGAUUGGGAUUCGGCCAGGGUGGCAAGCCAACGACUUGGUCUUGAAGCAAGUUGAAUGUUUUGCAAUGAUUGCCGAACAGAAAGGGCGAGCAUCUUCCAUAGGUCCUCGCGCGGAAAUAGAGCGUCCAAUCCAAUUACAUCAGGGGCCAUUGCCAAAAGCCCAGCAAGCCCUUCCAGAAGCCCGGCAACAAGCACAAGUAAAAGCAGCAGCCUACUGCCGCAAAGAAGAUGAGCAAAUUCCAAUAAUAUAUCAAAUAGUUCAGGAAUACCAAGCAACCCCGGAGCAACUGGUGGUCCAUUAUUUGUUAGUAUUGGUCUGA